CCUCCCCGGAGAUUGCCAUGGCGGCCGGCGAGGAGUCCGGCGGCGCCGUGUCAGGAUUCCUGUUCGGUUCGCUCGCCUUCCAGCACCUCAACGCCGACUCGGACACGGAAGGAUUUCUCCUCGGGGAAAUCAAAGCUGAAGCAAAAAACAGUAUAACUGAUUCCCAGUUGGAUGAUAUUGAGGUGGUACACACCAUAGAUAUACAGAAACAUAUUCCAUGUUACUGGCUAUUCAGUUUUUAUAAUUCUGCUGGUGAAGUGGACGAAAGAGCAUUGCAGAAACUGCUGUUAAAUCAGGAAAAGAAUGUAAUUGGUUGGUAUAAGUUCAGACGUAACACAAAUCAGACCAUGACAUUCCGAGAACGUCUCCUUCACAGGAACCUUCAGAAGCAUCUGAAAAACCAACAGUUGGUGUUUUUUCUCUUUACCAGCAAGUUAAGCAGAGAGAAUGGCUCCACGCAUAGUCUGGAGUAUACGCUGUAUAAAUCCCAGGGAAGUUUUAUUGAGCGAAUACCUAUAUCCGUUACCAAUCUAGGAAUGUCUGAACAACAAGACUACAAAACAUAUUCUGGACCGAGUAGUGCAGGUGGCUAUAGUCGAGCAAUGAAGAAACACAGACUUGUGUUUUUUGAUCAAGAAGGCUCCUUAAAAGAGGUUCAGAGAAUUAAAGGAAUGUAUGGUACACUGCAGGAAGAAUUGAAGACAACUUGUUUAAAGGUAGAAGAAAGUGAACGCUCGGUGGAACGUUUGCUAACUGAGGUACAACGACUCAGGAAAAUGGUAUCUGAGAAGAAAAAGCUGUACACACUGAUUCCAGGAGAGAGACAGAAUCAUGACCUGGUAGAAAACAACAUACACUUGUGUCAGGCUUUGAAGAAAGUUUUCCCAAACUCAAAACUUUUACAGUCUGUGUCAAUUACAAGAGAUGGUCAAGUGGUGCCAGUUCAGUGUCACAAUGAAGAUAACAGGGUGAACUUAAAGGACACUUUCACUCGAGUCUCAGCCAAAAGCAUCCAUGUGUCUUCUUCAGAAAGGGCUAACGCUUCUGGGAUUACAUGUAAACGCAAGGCAAAAAACUGUCUUAAUCGCCCAAGUCGGGGUAAAAAACAGAGAACAGUCUGGCCAAAGGUCAGGAGAUCAGCAAGUAAAGACAGUGAGGAUAGUGAAAAUGAUUCAGUGAACAUCCUGACUGGGUCAGAGAAUGAAGGGGAUGUGCUGGAUCAGUACAGCAAUGAUUUAACGCCUUCAGCUUCACCAACAUUCUGAACUUUCCAGACACUCAGACCUGAAAUGCAAUAAAACACUCCCCACUUAUGAAAUGCAAAGUGCCAAAUCUUUUUCUAUACAUACACUGAAAAGGAUGUUCGCAUUUCUUCAGAUGGAAAGCAUGUUGCAACUUAAGGAGGAGGAAAGUAUUUUGCUUUUUUAAAAGUAAUCACAGGGACUUAACCUGGUUUGAGACAUUUGACAGCUAUACUAGAGGCCAAAAUGGUUUUAAUUUUUUUGCAGCAUCAAUGCAGCUAUGAUGAGAUUAAAACAUGGUUUGGAAUACUGUUGCUUCACUUUUUGUGCCUGGAAUUAAAUUUCUCUCCUGCCUUUAGCCUUUGAAAAGCAAUUCUGUUUUCUGCUCCUUCUUUUAGUCUUCCCCAACUUUGACAUCCAGCUUCCAUUCUGAGCACUCCAGGCCACUCGAUACGUUUCUCUCAAUAAAUGCCUAAGAUUUAGCCUCCUGUUGAGCGGUCAUCUAAGUCGAGUGGGUAAUUUCUUCUUGUCUGAAACAUUGGGUUGGGGGGAGGGGAAGGAAAAUACAGAACAAUGGUUUUACCCUUGCUGCUAAAUUAUAUUUAACUAAGCAGGAGGCAAAAAUCAAACUACAGAAUGGAAAAUAUGUGCAAACCUAGGGUUUUUUAAGUUUAUAGGGCUGGAUGUGCAAAAUCAUAAUAUUUUUGAAAAAAAAUAUAAUUCUAAUGCACAUCUACAAACAGCAAACAGCCCAAUCUCAGGCUAAUUUUCAAGUGUAAAACUGGCCAUAUUUGAUACUGACUUUACCAUUCUUUUGAAGCCAGUGUUCUGAACUGAGGCUUAGACAUUGUGGAUACAAAUGAAGCUCACUGCUAAUGAAUCCUAAAGUGCUUCAUGAAUGCAAUCAGGCAAAAAUAUCAGCCAAAGAACAUAGAAAGCUGACCAAAAGCUGAGUGAAAAAUGUAGCUUUUAAAGAGUAAGACUAUGGUAAGGAUAUAUAGGAAGAGGGUUCCAAGCUAGGCCUGGAUGAUUAAUAGACACAGCUACCUGUACUUUGGCAAAUAAAAUGAUAGUUUUAAAAAAGUCUAGAAAUGGAGGAAGAAAGUUCUCAGGAUUGUGGUGUUGGAGUUUGAUCAACAGCUGUGUUUUGGAUGCAGAGCAUUUGGUGCCAGAAGUUCAGGUUCACAUAGGAUGGAGAGGUUAUGAACAGUUUGGUUCAGCCUGACUCAUUCACAAGAGUGGGGCAGAAAUCAGUAGGUAGAGAGCACAAUUUUGUUACAGGGGCCAAAAGUUCUGACUGGUUUUCAGUUUGGUGAUUCGAGUUGCUUGUCAACAUAGAAUGAAAAUGUUAAAAGCUAAUGAGGUAGUGCUGGUUGUUUCCAGGACACAUGUGCAGUGUGACAUAUCUUUGAUGUUAUUAAGGUAUGUUGAACACUAAUCAUCUGACUAUAGACUGUUAACUGUUCUGCUUGAAACAGUUACAGGAAAAGAAUAGAACAAGAUAAAAGACUGGCAUUUAUUAAGGAAGCGAUGGCGGUAUUGUUGUCGAGCUGGCUGUAUCUUUAAAGUUGUGUGCAGUCAUGGACCAUAGGCCUAAUUUCAAACUGUAGUAAUAAAAUGGGACGUAGUAUUAGAAAAUGAUAUAGGUUGGGCAAACUGUUGUCUAAAAUACAUGUGACAAUAUCAGUAGCUGCAAGUGGAGAUCUCAGUUCCACAAACUGAGAUCCUAAGAGUAAGGACAUCUCUUAUGACUGCUCCCAUUGUUGCUUUAAAAGCUGAGGGGCACAAAUGUUAAGAUGACUGCCUCAUUGGAGAAACUUGUAGGCAAGUUCUGAGAGGUUGCAGAUGGUCACUUCUGUAGUCAUUUAGAAGCUGAGUAUCAGCUGGAGGGACCCUCCAGAGCAAUGUGUUGCAGCAACUGGUGUGAGGCUUGAGCAGUAGUAGUUAUGUUUCAUCCUAGACAGAUAGAUAAAAGUCCUUUAUCAGCCAUUCUUUGGAUAUGAGGGGCACAUAGAGGCUGAAUUUUCUGAAUUUAAGUUUAUUCUGCAUUCUAUUAGAACAUGGCUGGUCCAUAUUCCCUUUGUGUGCCUGUGAUUUAACAUUUAACACCCUUUAAUGAUCUCUGUAUCUCAGUUUUGACAUUGUUGACAGAGUAUCUCACCUCUUUUUGUGGGAGAGAAUUCCAAAUUCUCUCAGCCUGAUUUUCAAAUGUGCUGGCUUUGCAUGGCUGCAGCAUCACUUCACUUUGGAAUUCAAACCCUUGAGAUCAAUGAUUGAAAUCAAAAUUCCACUGCCAUUUUUAUUUUUUAAAUAAUGCACAAGUACAAAAGUAUUGUGUAUGUGACUCCUAAAUUCCUUUUUGCACUGUUUCAAAAACAUGACAAUGUAUUUUCCUGAUCCGAGGUGGAUGACCUUCCAAUUUCCACAUUGGACUACAGCUUCCAUAGUUUUUGCCCACUCCUCUCCCAUCUUCACAAUACCUAUGUUAUCAACAAACCUGUUUGUACAAGUCAUUAUUCCUCAUGUAUGUAGUGAGAAACUAUGGCCCAUCUACAGAUCAUUGGGUAACAUCAUGUGCCAUCUCAAUGAAUUAACAAGUGCCAGAAGUCAUCAGUGACAUAGAACAGUGGCAUGAAUUGAUUUUCAGUUGAAUGCUGAGGUGGUGACCAGAGUGGUAUGUUCAUGUACAUUAUCUGUGCAUUCACAGAAUACAACCACUUUGGGAAACAGCCUGUGCUGUUGAUUGUUGUGGUCACCAUCAAUGGUAUUUCAAGUUACACUUAAGGUGCAGACACCUUCAAAAGAUGUCAUUAUUACCACUACUGAUCAUUAUUGACUUGGAAUCUUAAUUAAGUACCCUCACCAAAAAUCCCGAGAGGCUGAUUAUUACCAGAUGAUGGAAAUAUACCAUAAUUGAUCUCCAACUGCAGAAGAGUUAAGCCCACCUGUAGUUUUAUGUAUUUCCUCUGUGAGGCUAAUUUCACCCCUAGCCCCAUCUCUACCUUGAUCUUGAAGUGUGGAGCUGCAAGUGUACAUAGCCAUGUCAUCAAUAUUCCCUUGUGUAAAACUGUUGAAAAUGUACCACUGUAUCAAAUAAAGCCAGUGUGUAAUUUUACCCCUUUACAAAAAUAAACAUUUAUACUUUGGCUGUUA